GUGAAGGAGGAGGAAGAAGAGGAGAAGGAGGAGGUAAAGAGGGGAGGGGCAAAGAAAAGGUAAAGCAAAGGGUAGAAGAGGUUAUGAACUCUAACCCACGGAUGGUCGACGAAGUGUGGUAGCUGCUAUGAACUGUCCAAAUGACGCGUGGUCAGAUCGGUCAUCGCUGUUGGCGAUAAAGGGAGAAAUGGAUAGGGAGCAUAGAGAUCAACGUGAUCACGAUAAUCCGAAUGAGAACGAGGGAGAGCGGAAAAGUGGAAUGGAUUUUCGUAGUAUCUCGCAUCAUCAUGGAGCGGCGGAUCAAGCAACGGAUGCCGACUCGGAGGUUGAUAUAGAAAUCAAUCAAAAUGAUCGGCCUGAAAAUCUUCACGACGAUAAUUAUAUAUUGAAAAGAAAUUUUCACAAUUUAAAACACCAUUAAGCUAUGAGAGAUAUGGAGAGAGAUCAGAACAAUCACGUUGAUAAUUUACACGAUGAUAAAAUAGAUCAUAAAAUGAGUAGAGAUUACCGCAAUAUGGGACAUCAUCCAGCCAUGCUUCAUUUACACUCCGGCAUUGAACACUUAAGUAAUGUCGACGUAGAGGUUAAGUUGGCAAGAGACGUAAGAGGUUCUUUAGGUUUAGGAUUAUCCUUAGAAUUAUGCGUUGUCUGUGGAGACAGAGCAAGCGGUAGGCAUUAUGGAGCUAUAAGUUGCGAAGGCUGCAAAGGUUUCUUUAAACGCAGUAUUCGUAAGCAAUUAGGUUACCAAUGUAGAGGAAGUAAAAGUUGCGAAGUUACCAAACAUCAUAGAAACCGUUGCCAAUAUUGUAGGCUUCAAAAGUGCCUGGCAAUGGGUAUGAGAAGUGACUCCGUUCAGCACGAACGAAAACCAGUAUUAGGAGAAACUGCUGGAGCAAAAGUUGGGAGUCGUAGUCCCAGAGUCAAACCAGAACCACAACAGCCUGUUCCUGAAGCUCCUCAAACUUGGGAACAGCCUGAAAGUCCUAGUAUGGAAGACCAAAGCAGCGACAGCGAUUUAAGCGAUGCUUUGACGUUAGCCAGGGAACGUUUAUUAAUAUCUCAUGCAUUGGAUAGUAUGGCUAAGCUUAUUGGUGAUAGUGUUAAUGGUUCCAGUGAACCAGACGAAGAAUGGACGGGUCAAUUAAUCUCGGAAAGGCAUACAUUGUUUGAACUGAGAGCACCUAGCCCUGCUCCUGCAUACUUAUCUAUACAUUACAUCUGCGAAAGUGCAGCGAGGUUAUUGUUUUUGUCUGUACACUGGGCAAGAGGGAUUCCUGCUUUUCAAGCCUUACCAUCAGAGAUUCAAACUACACUUGUGCGUAGCUGCUGGGGACAAUUAUUUACGUUGGGUCUUGCACAAUGUGCAUAUACUUUGUCCCUUCCUAGUAUUCUGACAUCCAUAAUAAAUCAUCUACAAGCUAGUAUCGCACAAGAAAAAAUUACCGCUAGCAAAGUGAAGUCCGUUACAGAACAUAUAUGCAGAUUGCAAGACUGUGUAAGUUCAUUACACAAAUUGCAAGUAGAUUCCGUCGAGUAUGCCUAUCUUAAAGCCUUAACGCUCUUUAGUGCAGAUAAUGUACUGGCUGGUAUUUGGCGUAAAAAAGUUGAAGUUCUACAAGAAGCAGCGUGGACGGAAUUACAACAACGAGUAGGAUCUGAUAGAUUACCUCGUCUUUUAUUAAAACUUGCACCUCUUCGUUCGAUUAAUCCUAGAGUGUUAGAAGAUCUCUUUUUUGCAGGUCUUAUUGGUAGGGUAAGCGUAGCUAGUGUAGUGCCUUAUAUUCUGACUAUGCAAGAUUGUAAACCAGAACCUGAAAGUCACAUGGGAAAGCAGAAGAGAUCUCCUUUGGAACAGAAGAAGGAGGAAAAGGAGGAAUCGAAAAAGUGCAAACGAAAACGUGAAGAGGAAACGAAGGAGACAGUGACGAUAAGUCGGAAAAAGGACGAGACUACGAGUACGAGUAAGGAUUGCAAGAGAAAAAUAAUGGAGAAUAUGUUAGCUAAGUGUGAAGCUCGGCUACCAAAAGUCACCCCGAUUACCGACGAUUACGAGAUCAGUAAUCACGUUUUGGGACUUGGUAUUAACGGGAAGGUUGUACAGUGUUACGACAAAAAUACUAGGGAAAAGUAUGCCCUCAAGGUUUUACACGAUUGUGUUAAAGCGAGAAGAGAAGUUGAAUUACAUUGGAGGGCAUCCAAUUGCAGACAUAUUGUUCAAGUAAAGGAUGUAUAUGAAAAUUCGUAUAGUGGAAACAAAUGUUUACUAGUGGUAAUGGAAUGUAUGGAAGGUGGUGAAUUAUUUCAAAGGAUUCAAGAUCGACAGGACAGUGCUUUUACGGAAAGAGAAGCUGCACAAAUAAUGUAUGAAAUAUGUGUAGCGGUAAAACAUCUGCAUGAUAUGAAUAUUGCACAUAGAGAUCUCAAACCGGAAAAUCUUUUAUAUUCCAAACCAGAUAGUACGGGAAUUUUAAAACUAACUGAUUUUGGAUUUGCCAAAGAAACACAUAUGAAAGAUACAUUACAGACUCCUUGUUAUACGCCAUAUUAUGUUGCUCCAGAAGUUCUGGGACCAGAAAAAUAUGAUAAAAGUUGCGAUAUUUGGUCGCUUGGUGUAAUAAUGUAUAUACUAUUAUGCGGCUUUCCACCGUUCUAUAGUAAUCAUGGUUUGGCGAUAUCACCUGGAAUGAAAAAAAGAAUUCGAUUGGGUCAAUAUGAUUUUCCUGCUCCAGAGUGGUCCAAUGUAAGUGUACAAGCUCGUGAUCUCAUUAAAGGAAUGUUAUGUACAGAUCCAGCACAAAGAUUGCAGAUAGACGAAGUGAUGCGCAAUAAAUGGAUUGCCAAAUAUACAGAAGUGCCUCCUACGCCUUUGCACACUGGUCGUGUACUAAGGGAAGGUGAAGAACUUUGGCCCGAAGUACAAGAAGAAAUGACCCGUUCUUUAGCUACAAUGCGGGUAGAUUAUGAUACAGCAAGUCUUAAACAACUCGAUCAUACGAAUAAUCCAUUAUUAAACAAACGUAGACGCGCUAAACAAUCAAGCGCUAUUCCACCUACCGCUAAUCCUACUCCUGCUUCCUAGGAGGAUGCUGUAAGGACCAGACACAACUGGCAUUUUUUGAUACGCAGAUGCAUUAGAUAUAGCAUUAUUACAAUGCGGAUUGUUUUUUGACGACUUGCAUCAUCAUGCAAAGGAAACAAACUUGCAAAGUAAAUUAUUAUUUAAAGAAAAAAGAAAAAAAAAACUGUGUGCAUAUGAGUGCACAUAUACCAUCUAUACGUGAAAGGAUUACAUGCGCUAUUGCCCAAUGUAUCAAGAGUUUUCUUUUCGUUUUCUUUUUUUUUUUCUUUCUUUCUUUCUUUCUUUUUUCUUUUCUUUUUUAACCAUCGUAAAAUUUUUAAUGUUAAUUAUUUGUACAAUUGUUGUAAAAAAUAUUUUAGAAAAGUUUUUUUUUAAUCAUAGACACAAUAAUGAUCUUUUAAUAUAACAUUAUUCUUGGGCAAUAAUGGCAUGUAUCCAUCCUUCAUAAUUCAAUCUGUUUUAAUAAUUUAUAAAUAUUUUCAAAACGAUAGAUAAAUAUGGCCUGAUCAAAAUUAUUUUAAACAUUAAUAUUCUAAACGAAAAUAAAGAGUAUAAAAAGAGAAGUUACGAGUAAAAAAAAAAAAAAAAGAAAAAAAAAAUAAAACAAAAAAGAAUAAUAAUAUACAAUACUUGUCGAAGAAUUAAUAAGGUAUGUGUAUAAUUUCAUUUGAUAAACAUUUUCUAACGAUAUAUUUACGCGAUUACGCAUCAACGAUAUAUACAUACAUUAAUUGCUGAAACUUAGUACAAAUUAUUCAAUUUUAUAAAUUUUUCGUUCUAUAACAUAUAAUCUUUUACAAUGGCCUAAUCAUAUAUAUAUAUAUAUAUAUAUAUAUCUCCUGGAAAAAGCUUUGAGUGAUUGAAUGUAGAGUAAUAAAGAGCACACAGAUUUAUUGACAGUGAGUAUUUAUGUUCGUAAUAAUAGAUGGCAUUUUAAAAAUAAUAUGUUAGUGUUAUAUAUGUAAUCAUGAUAUAAUAUAUAUUCGAACAUAAUGUCUCUUUACAAAUUUAAAUUCGUUUAUUAUAAUAUAAUUAUGACAACAAUUUACAUCACUUCAUUUUAAACCGUCCAAGCUGCAAAGUGUUAGAAACAGAAAAUAAUAUCAAAUUAGAUAUUGUUAAAUAUCAUAUCGCAUUAGUACGAAAUUAAUUUAUAUUGAUUGUAAAAUGAUAAAGAGAUUCUAGGAAAAAGUAUUCACUGAAUGGUUAAAAGUCAAUGUAAUUACUUGAUAAAAUAAUAAUUAAUCAAUUUGUUCAGAUGCUUAACACUGAUCUUAUUAACAUCUCACUAUUCUAUGAAUAUUUUCGCCUGUAUACACGAAUUUAUUGUUCCUCUCUUCGACAUUUCACUAAAGUUUUAAGAAUGAAUAAAACCAUAUAGCAUUGAAAAUAUAUUAGAACAAGAUAGAGAUAGAAUUAUAUAAAGUAUAAUACUUUAAAGAGUAUAUUUUUACCAAUAUAAAAAAAUAUUACUUUAAAUAUAUAUAUAUAUAAUAAUCGUAAUGUUGGUAAACUAAUAUACUUGAAAAAUUAAAGUGAUCAAAUAAAAAUAUAGAUUUUACUUGAUUAUAGCGAAUAGUGUGUGUAUAAAUUUGAUUAUAUUUUAUAUAAAUAAAUUUAGUAUAAAGUUUUAGAAAAGAAAAAAAGAAAAAGAAAUGUUCAAUAUAUCGUCAAUCAAUAACUAAAUAUUAAGAAACAGAGUAUAGAUCAGACUGUUUAUUUAGAAGUGACUGAUAUCUAUUAAAAGUGUAAAUAUUCUUUAGGAUAUAUAAAAUUUGUAGUUGAGAAAACUGAUCGUAUAUCAUUGAUUUAUAGAAUUUAUUCAGGGUGGUGCUACUAUCUUCAAAUAUUAAAGAUAUUAUAAAAAAUUAUGAAAGCAAUUUUUAUUAAAAAAAAGAAAAAAAGAAAAAAAGAAAAACUUGUUUAAUAAGACAGACGAUAUAAAGUUAUUAAUAUCAUGAUUAUACUGGCCUUAUAAACAAUUGUCCUAAAUUAUGUCCUUAUUAAUUCAUACUUGUUCGAUUACAAAAAGAAUUACGAAUUGGAUGAUAAAAUCGUAUUUUUAUAAUGAAUACUGAUUUGACAUGCAUUUAUGAAACUCGACAAUAAAAAUGAGAAUGUUCAAUUAUAGAAUUACUAUUUAAAAUCAUCUCAUUGUAUUUUCAUAUAUUGAAAAAAAGAUUUUAAUUUUAAUCACUAUUAUUAUUAUUAUUA